AUGCGGUAUCCAGGCGAAUCCCCAGAGGAUGACGAGAGUGCAGUGUCUCGCCAUGCGUCAUUAGGUCUAUUAGCUGGCCUCCCAGAUAUUGAGAGCGGUGGUACCGUAGCUCUUAACAGGGCCAACGAGAGAGUGGGGAGUUGUUUUGGUCAUCCCCAAAAGCCAUCAAGAGCAUGUGGUCGAGUGAGAGGCACAAUAUCAGCGAUAGCAAUUGCCACAGUGCCGAGUUUCGUUCGCCUGGGCGUCAAACGGAAACUGUAUCCCACAUCAUACCUCGAUGGACUCCGUGGUGUUGCAGCUUUCAUCGUGUUCAUCGAUCAUUUCACAACCAAUUGGUUUGACCCGCUGCGUCGCGGAUACGGUAGCACUGAUGAAGACCAUCACCUGGCGCAGCUCCCGUUCAUUCGAUUACUGUUUGCGGGCAGGGCAUCGGUGGCAGUGUUUUUCGUCAUAUCAGGAUUUGUCUUGAGCUACAGACCUAUCAAGGAGAUUCGUAUGGAGAAGUUUGAGUCACUGCUCGACACACUUGCAUCCUCGGUAUUUCGACGGGGACUAAGACUCUAUCUUCCCGUUGCAGCCGGGACAUUUAUCUCCAUGCUCGCAGCUUAUUGGGGGUGGUAUCGAGCACUCCCGGAAUCCUCUACAGAUAGCCUGCCACCAGACCUGCCAACAUUCUCGGAACACUUCUGGUAUUGGCGGGACCACACCGUGGGCGUCUCUUGGCCUCUUCAGGAUGUUAUGCCAAAUUCGCCUUACGCCCCCCCUUAUAAUGGUCAUCUUUGGACAAUCCCAAUCGAGUUUUAUGGCUCAAUGGUUGUUUAUGUGACGGUACUAGGGCUAUCUCGUUGCCAGGCAUGGAUCCGACUUCUGCUCAUAGGACUUGGCGCCCUUCUGACACUCCAAUAUGAGCGAUGGGACAUUUGUCUGUUCUUAUCUGGCAUACUGCUCGCUGAAACAAGUCUGAUAAGUGUAAGCUCGGAUGACUUCGCACUCGAAUACUCCGAAAAAAGAACAGGUAUAUUUGGGAUCCUAGGUUCGGCUUCGCUUGCAUGUUGCAGAUUCCUCCCAACGCUGAAUUAUCUGUUGCUCAUCUUCUCGUUAUACCUCCUCUCAUACCCCGGCGAACCCUGGCCCGAGUACGAAACUCCGCCAGGGCCCUUUCACCACUACUUGGUAUCUUGGACCCCGCCCCGAUAUAUCGAGCUGUGGUUCGGCAUUGAGCGAUUUUGGACGACGAUCGGCGGCGUAAUCGUUGUGUUCACAAUCUCCAAGUCGACGAAUCUUCAGCGGCCGUUCACCACUCGGUUGGCGCAAUAUCUUGGGGAUAUAUCGUACGCACUCUAUAUUGUGCAUGGGCCGAUUUUGUUCACGGCGGGAACGUGGUUUAUGGAUACCUAUGGCCAAGCCACUGAUAGCUGGCAUUGGGGGGCAGCUUUUAUCGCGGGAGGGAUCAUGAACACCGUUCUUUGUGUUUGGGCGGCAGAUAUAUUCUGGAGAGCUGUGGAUGCGAAAAGUGUUGGGCUUGCAAAGUGGUUUGCGGGGAAAUGUUGGAGAACUUGUUGA